GUUUACCAUAUAUAGACUGCUGUGGGAGGUCUUUACAAAAACUAAAAAACAACAACUGCAAAAGUGAAACUGUUACAAGUGAAACUCCCAACAAAGCGAGAGGAUAAGGAAGUGCAGGGUGCUUCUCAACGAUAAACAACCAGAAAUUGACACUAGAUGGCCACCACCAAAGAAGUGAUUCUAGAAGCUCUUGAGGAUCUUCUGGAAAAUGAGUUUAAAGCAUUCAAAUGGCAGUUGACAAACAAUGUGGAACAAGAGUCUAUUUCUCGAGGAAAACUUGAACAUGCUGAUGAGCGUGAUGUUGUGGAUUACUUGGUGCAGCAUUAUUGUGCUUCAGAUGCUGGGAAGGUUGCAGUUCGAGCACUAUGCAAAAUUAAACAAAAUGAGCUUGCUGAACAACUAAAGAAAAAACUUAAGGAAGUGUCAGUAGUUCCUGUUGAGAGUGGAGCAUCAUCCAGUGCAGCUCUGUCUGCUCAGACUCCAGUGGUUACAAUGAAUAUAACAACUACUGAAGGAGGAACUGUUAAAGCCCCUGUUCUUCAUAAUGGUGUUUAUAACGGCCCAGUAACAUUCAACUGAUACUUGGGGACAAAUUCUAUCAUCUUCACAAGAUCAAAUGUCAUAUUUUAAAUACAAUAAAAUAAGCACUUUUUCAAAUUAUAUAAUUUGUUUUGUUCUAAA